AAGGUUAUUUCCGUCUACGGAAAUGCACUGAUUUGACUCACGCAUUGGACGUGUUGCUAGUAGACGUUGUUUCCGACCCUUUCUCUGUAGUAAGCGAUACAGAAUGACUUGCAAACGCAGAAACGGUGGACGUGCCAAGCAUGGUCGUGGGCAUGUAAACCCUGUACGUUGUACCAAUUGUGCACGAUGUGUACCAAAAGACAAAGCAAUCAAGAAGUUUGUUAUACGUAACAUUGUAGAAGCUGCUGCAGUGAGAGAUAUAACAGAAGCCAGCUUUUACUCUGCAUACCAGCUUCCAAAAUUGUAUGCGAAGCUACACUACUGUGUUUCAUGCGCCAUUCACUCUAAAGUGGUUCGUAACAGAUCUAAAGCGAAUCGUCGCAUCAGAACUCCACCAGUCCGUAAUUUCCCAAGGGAUCUUCGUCAAGGACAACAAAACAGGAAAUAAUUUUACUAUGUAAAUUUUAAAUAAAGAUAAAAAUUGUAAAAUCA